AUGAGAAGAAGAGCGUGAUCGAUUUUUCAGUUAAUAAAAAUCGAGAUUCCAGCAUUAGGUCAAAAAUCGAAUAUUUUAAUUUGAUUGGCUUUAAUCCGGAAAGUCCGUAUAAUUUUUCGAGGUGCCCUAAAUUAAAUCCGCAAUCUGCCCGAAAACGCAGAAAGUUGGUGCCCGGAAUCCUGCGGGCAGCCCAAACUCCAAUACCUUUCCUACUUUUCAUCGCUUGUGUCCCCUCCGUUCCACUAUCAUCACACAUUCACUCCCAACAGCAGCGCCACCACCACGCCGCCCUUCCUCCGCCGUGGUGGGUGGCCGAUCGUGAAUGCGAGUCUCGGAAAAUGGGGCAGGGCCUCAGCUGCAGUGAGCUCGAAGACACUGAGCUGUUCAACGCAGUUCAAAACGGAGAGGUCGACACCGUCCAAGCGCUUGCCGCCCAAGACCCAAAUUUGUUGACGCUCAAAACCGUUCACGGACGCCUCUCCGCGCUCCACGUGGCAGCUGCGAACGGGCGGGUGGAGGUACUCUCUGUUCUUUUAGAUCGGUUUGGGAAUCCAGAUAUCUUGAAUCGGCACAAACAGACUCCAUUGAUGUUAGCUGCAAUUCAUGGCAAGUCCUCGUGCGUGGAAAGGCUUAUUCAAGCAGGAGCUAAUGUUUUGUUGUUUGAUACAUUAUGUGGGAGAACCUGUUUGCAUUAUGCAGCUUAUUAUGGUCACUCAGAUUGCCUCCAAUUGAUCCUUUCCGCUGGCAAUUCUACCCCUGUUGCUCAAUCUUGGGGAUUUUCAAGAUUUGUUAAUAUAAGAGAUGGCAGUGGUGCAACCCCGUUGCACUUAGCUUCCCGGCAAAGGCGCUCAGAAUGCGUUCACAUUCUAUUAAGCAGCGGGGCGCUGGUUUGUGCUUCCACUGGUGGAUAUAGCUAUCCUGGUAGCACACCUCUGCAUCUGGCUGCUCGCGGAGGCUCAUUGGACUGUGUUCGGGAAUUGCUUGCCCGCGGUGCUGAUAGACUUCAAAGAGAUUCUUCUGGGAGAAUACCGUAUAUGGUUGCUGUGAAGCACAAACAUGAUGCGUGUGCUGCUUUGUUGAACCCUUUGGCCCCAGAGCCUCUAACUUGGCCAUCACCAUUGAAGUUCAUUAGUGAGCUCAAUCCCGAUGCAAAAUCCUUGCUGGAGAAAGCCCUGAUCGAAGCCAACAAAAAGAGAGAAAAGGCAAUCUUGACCGAAACACCAUGUACUGCUCAACCACUCCCAGAUUCCGUAGGAAUUGAUGAUGAAUUUGAGGGUGGAGAUGCGGAGCUAUGCUGCAUUUGCUUCGAGCAGGUGUGUACAAUUGAGGUGCAAAACUGCAGUCAUGAGAUGUGUGCCCAUUGUGUUCUAGCCCUCUGCUGUCACAGCAAACCUAAUUCCUCUUCCAAGAUUCCUGUCUGCCCCUUCUGCCGAAGCAGCAUCACUCGACUAGCUGUCGCCAAGACCAAAAUCGACACCAAAAUCGAGUUGGAGCCUACUACUGCAAAGCCAAGAACAAGAAUAUCAGUUAAUCUUGGUGAAGGGAGCAGCAGCUUCAAGAGUUUGUCGUCGCUGAGCUCGUUUGGGAGGUUAGGACGCAGCUCCGGGAAGGUUGCUGCAGAAUGCAACCACGAGACCCAUAAGCCAUGAUACCGUCUUCCAUUGACUCCAACGUCACUUGAGAAGUAAAUAACCAAGAACCUGCACAUCUAAUAUGAGGUAUUUUUCAACCGGAAUAGAAUUUGAGGAGCAAAAUUGUUGAGCUCGUAAUUACCUCAUCAUUUCAAUUAGUUGCUUAAUAUAAAUUCAUUUUGUACUAAUAUCUGAUGACAAGAUUUGAAAAUUUGAUGGGCAUUUCUACUGAA